AUGCAAAUGUCAGCCAAAGAUUUUUUGGAUCUUCUUCCCCUUGAAGUAAGUGAAAAUUUUAUUUUCUCAUUGAACUUCUUCUCAGGUUCGUUACAAAAUUUUGGACAAAACACCACUUCCGCUCGUGGCCGACUUACUUCGUGAAGAAGACGUCGAAAGAUUUGACAGAAGAUUUGAAGAAGCCUGUCGCGACAACUAUUUUCCUCCAUUACGCGACAUUACUCUUCGAUGGAAAGACAUAUUUGUGCGGUAAGAAUGGAGAUAUCGCUUUCAGUUGUAUUUUUUUCAAUUAACAACACUUUUUUAGGCAUUUAGCUGCAUUAAAAAAUAAAAGAUUGUAUACAGAUCCAGGAACUACUCACCUGUGUGAGGAUGACGUCAGAUUAAAUGUUCAGAUGACUGGAAGAACACUUGAUUUUUCUGUGCUUCCUCGACACAGCGUAUCACAAGUCAGUCUCACGUUGACAUUACCAAAAUACGAAAAGUUCCCUCGAAAAACAAACUUUCUGGACAAACGGUAUAGGACUCGCGGGGUGACCCAUUUUUAUCACAUUGAAUUGGGGAACAAGCAUGACAUUCGUCAGGCGAAAGAAGAAGUUGACACCUUCCACGGCAAGAUUUGGGUAAGUAAACGCAUGCAUUUGUUGCUACUAGUCGUUCCAGAAAGUGUGUGCACUUUUUGUCGUGGGCCGCACUGUGCACAAAAUUCCCUUUUUGCGGGGUGCAUUCGACCUUUUGCACCGUGCAAGUGCACUAUCGCUGCGACGCAAGCUUUUCUCAACGGAGCCGGCGCGACUUUUGAGAAAUUGCACUGUGCAAAAUGUUUCGAAUCGGAUCGCGCCGCGCGGGGAACACGAAACUUGCACUGUGCGGUGCAAAAAAGGCGGAAAAAGGUGCACGCACUUUCUGGAAAGACAUGGAAUGACCAGUCUGCCGGGAAAAUAAUGGGCACAAUGACGCAGCACCGAUCGCUGAAAUAAAAAGCAACUUGAUUUUGCCCGCGACACAAUUCAUUUUCUCGGCAGCGAUGCAAUUUUCGAUGCGACAGUGUGCUCAUUAUUUUCCCGACAGGUUAAUACUUUGGCAAAGACCUGUCUCUCGGGCCGAAAACUCGUUUGAGGGUUGUUCUCUACUUUUUCAAAUGUUCGUUACAGAAAAAUGAACAUAUGCAUUACAUAGCAUUCGAUGACUUGGAUAGAGUGUAUUUUAUACGAGCCUCUCCGCCGUUCAACAUAUUUUAUCGCAAAGAUUUGACGUCUCGCGAUGAACCGGAGACUUUGUUCAAACUGUCUGACCGUUACAGCAUUCUGUGGUUCGCCGUUUCGGAGUCGUACAAAGUCUUUGUGUUUGCAUACGAAAGCGAUGCUGUCAUAAUAGUCAACGAUCUCCAAACAGGUCUCGUAUGCUCAACACUGUCCGCCUGUAUAUGUUCCGUAAGUUUCACCAGAUGGCCAUUGUGGCGCUGAAUCGCGGUUGAGAUGUUGGAGAGCCGAACAAUCAAAAAAUUUUUAGCCAGUUCGAGAGUUCGCAUUUUUCUGAAGGAAAUAUUCUGACCCCUAGAUCCCUAAAGAUUAAUUUUCAAUUCAGGGAGCUACAAGCAACGCACAUGGAAAUUCUGUUGUUUUUACCGGUGAGGACAUGCAAACAUGGCUCUACACAGUGGAAGGGAGUAAAUUCAACAAGCAAAAGAUCCCGUGCUACCGACGACAACAACUCAACAAAGACAGCUAUCUGAUCAUGGUCGACACGGGCGAAGAGAAGGUUGUAUUGAAGGUAAAAAUAAUGGGCAAACUCAUUGAUUACAGUGGUGGACCCGAUCCAGGGGCAAAAAACAUAUCAUUUUGCAUCCGGGAAGCAUUAAAAAUGUAGCAAAAUACCUCCCUCUCCAAGUGAAAAAACUCCAUUUUUGAAGAGCGCGCCCUCAUAAAAAGAGCGCUUUUGACAAGGAAAGUACUUUUAUGGGGGCUCCCACUUUUUGACGGGACAUAUCUCAAAAAAUCAGAAAAAAUGUGCUGAUCAAGGAUAUAUAAAUCUUAGCUGCCCAUUUUAGGUUUUUAGGGGUGAAAAUGCCCAAAAACUGGCUUAAUUUCCCUACAAAAGGCGCAGGCAUUCGAAACGAUAAAAAGCGCAGGCGGUCUCUUCUUUCGGAAGAGAGCGGUGUGGCCGAGUGGUUAAUGCCGUAGUCUGGGAAUCAAGAGGGGGGACGCCGCACGGGUUCGAUUUCCCUUUUGGACCGAAUCAACUUUUUUUGAAGAUGAAAGUCGGAAAAAUAAAAUUUUGUGCCAAGACUGAUUUAUUACGUCUUACAAACUGAAUGAACAUCAUUUUAAGCCAAAAUAAAAAUUGUAAACCUGUGAAAAAUUAAGCGAAAAGGGGUUCAUAUACGACUUUAAGUCAACUUCCGAUUGAGUUUUCACCCCUAAAAACCUAAAAUGGGCAGCAAAGAUUUACAUAUCCUUGAUCAGCACAUUUUUCCUGAUUUUUUGAGAUAUGUCCCGUCAAAAAGUAGGAGCCCCCCAUAAAAGUACUUUCCUUGUGAAAUCGGAGUUUUUUCACUUGGAGAGGGAGGUAUUUGGUAUAUUUUUGAUACUUUCCGGAUGCAAAAUGGUACGUUUUUUGCCACUGGAUCAGGUCCGCCACUGUAGUAAUGUUUCAUCAUAAAACAUGCUUAAAAAUGUAAAUUUUAGAUCCUUUCUGUGGUUAACGACACUCCCAUAGAAUGGUAUGUGCAGCAUUGCAACAAGCUAUGUGUUUUUCGCCGCCUGGGGGAUAAUAUUUUCUACGUCCUCGAAGAGAACAAGCGCUGGAUUUGGUACAAAGAAAGCAAUUCGGGUAAGGUGGAUCCCUAGCAUUUUAAGUCGAUUUAGUGCCUCCGAUUCUACUACAUACUGACGAUAAGGCGACACAAAUAUUCGACUACAACCGGCGCAUAUGUUUCCGAUCCAUACCAGACAGCUAG